AUGGCCCUCUCCCCGCUCGUCCCCGCCACCGCCUGUUUCCUCCUCUCGCUGUUUCUCUGGCUUAGAAACAGGAGAGUUCCUCCCAGGGACUAUCCCCCCGGUCCAAAGCCCGUCCCCCUCCUGGGCAAUGUCCGCGAUCUCACCGCCAAAGAGCUCUGGCUCCCCGCUGCUCAGUGGGCAAAGACAUAUGGCGAUGUCGUCUACCUCAACGCACUCGGCAUAGGCCUCGUCUUCCUCAACUCCCCAGACGCGGCCAGCGAUCUUCUCGACAAGCGUGGUUCAAUCUACUCGGACAAACCUGCCCUCGUCAUGGCCGGCGAGCUAUGCGGCUGCAAAAACAUGGUCGCGUUCACAGGCUACGGCCCGCAAAUGCGCCAGCAGCGUCGUCUGCUCCACAAGGCGUUUGGCGUCGCGACUAUCCCCUCCUACCACCCGCUCCUGCUCUCAGAGACCCAUACUUUCCUGCGUCGGCUCGUUGUGGACCCCGUCGACUAUAUCAAGCACGUCCGCCGCUAUGCUGGAGGGCUCACUCUCUCUGUCACCUACGGCUACCAGCCCGUGUCAAACGACGACCAGUUCCUUGAGCUCGCCGAGGAGUGUGUUCACAUUCUCUCUGAGCGCAUCGCGUCUGGAGGCGGUAUUUGGCCUGUGGAUGUUCUCCCUUUCCUUCAGCACAUGCCGCUAUGGAUGCCCGGUGCAGGCUUCAAGCGCAAUGCGAUCAAGUGGAAGCGCAAGAUGGAAGAGUUUGUGGACAGGCCGUACGAGUAUAUGAAGAGCAGCAUGAAAUCGGGCAACUACAAGCCUUCGUUCUGCUCGAAUCUGUUGGAAGAUACGAGCAUGCAGCAGCAGGAAGACUUCGAGUUCCACCUUAAGUGGUCGGCCAACUCUAUGUACUCUGCUAGCAUUGACACUACCAUCACUGUUGUUUCUCACUUCCUUUUGGCCAUGAUACUCUACCCCGAAACGCAGCGAAAGGCGCAGGCCGAACUGGAUAGCGUAGUGGGCACCGACAGACUGCCUACAUUCGAAGACCGCAGCCAACUCCCCUACGUCGAGAGCAUAUUCAAAGAGGUCCUACGAUGGGGUGUCCCCGUCCCUCUGAACCUGCCGCAUCGCCUGAUGGAAGACGACAUUUACAACGACAUGUACAUCCCCAAGGGCUCACUCGUCUUUGGUAACAUCUGGGCCAUGAUGCGCAACGAGACCAUGUACCCCGACCCCGACACCUUCAACCCGGACCGAUUCAUGACUAAACUCGCCCCCGAGCUCGAAAGGAAGCGUAACCCAAAAAAUUAUGCGUUCGGGUUUGGGAGAAGGCAGUGCCCGGGGAUGAACCUUGUGGACUCGUCGGUUUGGUUGUUGAUUGCGAGCAUGCUGGCGACGUUGGAUGUCGGCAAGGCCGUGGAUGAGCAUGGAAAGGUGGUUGAGCCUGAAAUCAAGUUUGAGAAUCCCAUUUUCAGGACUCCGAACCCUUUCAAGUGCGAUUUGAGACCUAGGAACCAGAAAGCGCUGUCCUUGAUCAAGCAGAGCGAAAUCCUCUCAAGUUGA